GAAAACCAAAUAGGUCUUGAGAGAAAUGGAUAACUCAAAUGUAUUCGUGAGAGGAGCCAAUCAAGUCAAUGAAGAGAAGCCCCUACCGCGAGUGUGUCCAAGGUGUAACUCAGAUAACACUAAAUUCUGUUACUACAACAACUAUAGCCUGUCUCAACCGCGUUACAUUUGUAAGAAUUGUCGCCGAUACUGGACUCAUGGUGGGGCUUUAAGGAACAUACCGAUUGGUGGAAGUGGCCGUAAAACUAAGCGCCAAAAGAUAGAUCAACCAUCUCUUUCUCAGAUGGUUUCUGUGGAGAUCCAACAAAUUAAUCAUCACCAACCUUUUUUACAUGUUCAAGAAACCAAUGAGUUUGUUGGAUCUUUUGGUGGCUCUUCUUCUGUUGUUGCUGUUGGGAAUCAUUUUGGUUCUUUUUCUGAAAUUCAUGGUGAUAUGGUGCUUCCAAUUAGAACUAUUCGACCAUUAAUGGAUCGUUUAGAUUUCUCUGAUGGAUCGUUUAACCAAGAUUAUUUUGAUGUUGGGUCCAAUGAUUUGGGUAAUUCUUUUAUAAACCAACCAAUUGGUAGACAUGUUGAUAGUUACAGUGGCUAUCGCAUGAAUCAAGAGGAUCAAAACAAGCAGAACCAGAGCUUCAACAAUACUCUGAACAUGAAUCAUAACACCAGCACUAAUGAGAGCAGAGGAUCAUCAGGCAUUGAUCACAUGAACAAGAACAACAACAACAAAGUCAUAAAAAAGUGCGUGUUUAGGUCGUCCUCUUCUUUGGAGAAGAAUGGUCCUUGAAUCAUAACCGUAUCACCCGUUUUAUUUUUCUUAAGUUAAUGUUUCAGUUUUUUUUUGUUUAUGUUUUCUGUUGGGUCUUUCUUUUUUUUUGUCAGCUCUGUUGUCUUUUCCAAAAGAUUCAGACAUAAGUUGCUUGUCUGGUCUUUUCUUAUAAUAUAAAUAACUA